GAGUUUAGUCAUUAUUGUUUAUUGGCUUGUGAAUAUAGUUUUCCAAAGUCACUGAGUUUUAUUUUUCAUUCUCUUGACUUUCUUGAUUUUGUUAUAUGUUGGCUACUUAAACUUACGUAAAGAGGAUAGUUAUUGGAGAGAAACAAAAACAUGGGAAAGAAGAGGAUCAUGUUCUUUGCUUAUUUGCUCUUAUUUGUCAUCUUUAUAAGUUUUAGUUUUGCAGGGAUAACGAAAGAGAGUCCUCUGUCAAUUGGAAAAACUCUCAGCUCCUCUAAUGGUGUUUAUGAAUUGGGGUUCUUCAGUUUCAAUAACUCCCAAAAUCAGUAUGUUGGAAUCUGGUUUAAAGAUAUCUUUCCUCAGGUGGUUGUGUGGGUGGCUAAUAGAGAGAAGCCUGUUACUGACCCCACGGCAUAUCUCGGUAUCAGCAGCAAUGGAAGUCUUUUGUUGUCUAAUGGAAAAAAUGGCGUUUUGUGGUCUACUGGAGAUAUUUUUGCAUCUAAAGGGUCUCGUGCAGAGCUUACAGACACUGGAAAUUUUGUUUUCAUAGAUAACGUUUCGGGAAAUACUCUAUGGGAAAGCUUUGAGCAUCUUGGUAAUACUCUGCUCCCUACGUCAACUAUGAUGUAUAAUCUUGUAACUGGCGAGAAGCGGGGGCUGACUUCUUGGAAAAGCUACACUGAUCCAUCGCCUGGUGAAUUUUUGGUUAAGAUUACACCGCAAGUGCCAUCACAGGGAUUUGUUAUGAGAGGCUCGGUCCCUUAUUAUAGAACAGGUCCAUGGGCUAAAACAAGGUUCACGGGGUUGCCGGAAAUGGAUGAUUCAUACACAAGUCCAUUCAGCAUAACCCAGGAUGUAAAUGGGUCAGGAUACUUUUCAUAUUUUGAAAGAUACUACAAACUUUCACGUAUAGUUUUAACAUCAGAGGGAUCAAUGAAGGUGUUACGGCAUAAUGGAAUUGACUGGGAAUCAAGCUACGAGGGUCCAGUUAAUUCAUGUGAUAUUUACGGUGCGUGUGGACCUUUUGGGUUAUGUGUUGUAUCAGUACCUCCAAAGUGUAAAUGCUUCAAAGGUUUCGUUCCUAAAUCCAUUGAGGAGUGGAAAAGAGGAAACUGGACUAGUGGUUGUGUGAGGCGUUCCGAACUACAUUGUCAAGGAAAUUCUACUGGCAAAGAUGCAAAUGUCUUCCAUACUGUUCCCAACGUAAAGCCUCCAGACUUUUACGAAUAUGCAAAUUCUGUGGAUGCUGAAGAAUGUUAUCAGAAUUGCCUCCACAAUUGUUCUUGUGUGGCCUUUGCAACUCCUGGAAUAGGGUGCUUAAUGUGGAGCAAGGACCUAAUGGACACAGUGCAAUUUUCUGCUGGAGGAGAAGUUAUUUCCAUUCGUCUUGCACGUUCUGAGCUAGAUAUAAAUAAUGGCACGAAGUCCAUUGUUGCUAUUACAGUGAGCCUCAUCCUAUUUGUGAUCUUGGGCUUUGCUGCGUUUGGUUUUUGGAGAUCCAGAGCAGCUCAAAUGUCAAAAGAUGCAUGGAGAGAUGACCUAAAAUCACAAGAUGUCCCAGGUUUAGAAUUUUUUGAGAUGAAUACCAUACAAACUGCUACCAAUAAUUUCGAUCUAUCAAACAAACUCGGACAUGGUGGAUUUGGUUCCGUUUACAAGGGAAAACUGCAAGAUGGAAGAGAAAUUGCGGUAAAACGCCUUUCUAGCAGCUCUGAGCAGGGAAAACAGGAGUUCAUGAAUGAAAUAGUACUGAUAUCAAAACUCCAACACAGAAAUUUAGUCCGCGUUUUGGGAUGCUGCGUUGACGGAAAAGAGAAGCUAUUAAUUUACGAGUUUAUGAAAAACAAAAGCCUUGAUACUUUUGUCUUUGAUUCAAGAAAUAGGCUUGAGUUAGAUUGGCCAAAGAGAUUCGAUAUCAUUCAAGGUAUUGCGCGUGGACUUCUCUAUCUCCACCGUGAUUCACGCCUCAAAGUAAUUCACCGAGACCUGAAGGUCAGCAACAUUCUUCUGGACGAGAAAAUGAACCCGAAAAUAUCAGAUUUUGGGUUGGCUCGGAUGUUUCAGGGAACCCAAUAUCAGGACAAAACUCGCAGGGUUGUUGGAACUCUAGGAUAUAUGUCUCCUGAGUAUGCAUGGACUGGAGUAUUCUCUGAGAAAACAGACAUCUACAGCUUCGGAGUUCUACUGUUAGAAAUCAUCAGCGGAGAGAAGAUCUCGAGGUUCAGCUAUGGCGUGGAAGGAAAAGCACUUCUUGCAUAUGUAUGGGAAUCUUGGUGUGAAACCCGUGGAGUUAAUCUAUUGGACAAAGCUCUUGCUGAUUCUUGGCACCCAUCUGAAGUUGGUCGGUGUGUCCAAAUUGGUUUGCUCUGUGUCCAACACCAACCUGCAGACAGACCCAACACCCUUGAGUUGUUGUCUAUGCUCACCACAACAUCAGAUCUUCCUCUGCCUAAACAACCCACAUUCGCAGUGCUGACUAGAGAUGACGAAUCACCGUCUAAUGAUUCGAUGAUCACUGUCAAUGAGGUGACAGAGUCUGUUAUCCAAGGACGUUGAGCAACCAUGUAAUGGAACUGUAGAAUUGGGAUUAUUCUCAAAUGUUGAUAACUUUAACUCAACUUCGUUGAUUAUUUUAUUAUGGAAACAGAUAAAA